AUGUCUGCGGUGAAGCUGGAGGAGUGUCGGCAGCACAUCCGAGCACAGCUGGACAACGUCGUGAACUUCUGGCUCCAACACUCCCAUGACACCGUCCACGGAGGCUUCUUCACGUGUCUCGGGAGGGACGGGGGCGUUUACGAUGAGCUGAAGUACGUCUGGCUGCAGGGCAGACAGGUGUGGAUGUACUGCCGCCUCUAUCGAACCGUGGAUCGAUUCAGAAGACCUGAAGUCCUCGAGGCGGCUAAAACCGGUGAGUUUCAACCACUUUUAUACCAGGUUUCCCUGAAGUCACUAGAUGGGGGAGGGGGUGGGGAGUUAGGAUGUGUGAGAGAAGUGGAGCACCACAUCCAGAGAGAAGGAGCAGCCAUCUUGGAGAACGUGUCUGCAGACGGAGCAGAGCUGCCCGGUUGUUCGGGUCGGCUGCAGAACCCGGGACAUGCCCUGGAAGCAGGCUGGUUCCUGCUGCAGCUCGCUGCAGAAACCGGAAACACAGACAUCCAGAAAACCGCCGUGGAGAAGUUCGUGGAGCUUCCGUACGACAGCGGCUGGGACGAGGAGCACGGCGGCCUCUUCUACUUCCUGGAUGUGGACGGUCGCUGCCCCACGCAGCUGGAGUGGAGCAUGAAGCUCUGGUGGCCUCACUGCGAGGCUCUGGUCGCCGUCCUCCUGGCCUACAGUCAGACCCAGAAACCCGAGCUGCUCCGCAGGUUCUUCCAGGUUUAUGAUUACACUUUCAGCCACUUUCCUGACCCGACGAGCGGCGAGUGGUUUGGAUAUCUGACCCGGGAAGGAAAAGUGGCGUUGGAUUUUAAAGGUGGCCCGUUCAAAGGGUUUUUCCACGUUCCUCGCUGCCUCUUCAUGUGUGAACGACUCCUGGACGAUCUGCUGAACGAAGGCUGCAGAUCUGCGUGA